CCACUAUAAAUAUACGAGCUAAAUUUCUUUCAACGCUAACUCAAAAAACAUGUCGUCAGAGGCAGACAUCGAUCAACUGGCUCAAAAUUUUGGCAUCAAGAAUGCAGAACUGAUUAAGACAGGUGCUUUCAUAGGGGGCCAAUGGCUUCAUUUCAAUGACGAGACGUUUUCUGUUGAAGACCCGGCCACCAACAAGCACCUGCUGAAAGUUUCUAAUACGCCUAUCGAAGUUGUGGAGCAAGCCAUCCGUGACGCAGACACUGCAUUUAAAGAGUUCAAAAAAACGACGGGCAGACAAAGAAGUUUGUUGCUCCGAAAACUUUACGACUUGAUGAUUGAAAAUGGUGAAGACCUUGCCAAAAUUUGCACUAUAGAAAAUGGUAAACCUUAUGCUGAUUCCUUGGGGGAGUUGAAAUAUGCUUCAUCCUUUUUCGAGUGGUUCUCGGAGGAGGCUCCCAGAAUAAAUGGUGAUAACAUAGCUUCUGCAGAUCCCAGCAGACGGAUAAUCACCUACAAGCAGCCAAUUGGCCCAGUCGGUAUUUUAACACCGUGGAAUUUUCCGAUCGCGAUGAUCACAAGAAAAUUAGGAGCAGCUUUCGCGGCAGGAUGCACGGCUGUUAUCAAACCAGCUACCGAAACCCCGCUUUCAGCGUUGGCCAUAGCAGUUCUCAUCGAGAAAGCCGGUUUCCCUAAAGGUGUUGUGAGCAUCAUCCCGGUCAAUGAAGAAAGGACCAAAACUGUUGGACAGAUGUUCUGUGAAUCUCCAUUGUUGAAGAAAAUUUCCUUCACGGGUUCAACUGGUGUUGGUAAAAUUCUUAUGACCCAGUCCGCUUCUACUCUUAAAAAACUAUCAUUUGAACUGGGUGGAAAUGCACCAUUUAUUGUCUUCGAUGAUGCAGACGUUGAUCUUGCUGUGCAGGGUGCUAUCGCAUGCAAAUUGAGACAAUCUGGUCAGACAUGUGUUUGUGCUAACAGACUAUAUGUCCAAAAAGGGAUCUAUGAGACUUUUGCAAAAAAGUUAGCCGAUGCGGUUGGCAAACUCAAGCUCGGCAAUGGACUGGAACCAGGAACUACGCAUGGACCUUUGAUUCAUCAAAGAGCCGUCUCAAAGGUCAGGUCACAUAUUGAAGACGCUGUCAGCAAAGGAGCUAAGAUAGUUACUGGUGGCAAUGUUGAAAGAUCUUUAGGAGAUAAUUUCCAUCAACUUACCGUUUUGAUCGAUGUUCCUUUGAAUGCGGUAGUGACGAAAGAGGAAACAUUUGGCCCACUAGUUCCAUUGAUCAAGUUCAGUACCGAAGAGGAAGUCAUUGAACUUGCUAACGAUACUGAGUAUGGUCUGGCGGGUUAUUUUUUCUCGAAGGACUACGCUAAAGUGUUCAGAGUGAGCGAGCAGCUCAACAGUGGUAUGGUGGGUGCCAAUACCGGAGCCAUGACGGAAGCUGCUCUUCCAUUCGGUGGUAUCGGCUGGUCAGGAUUUGGAAGAGAAGGUUCCAAGUAUGGAGUGGACGAUUACGUUGUUCUAAAAUCAGUUGUUAUCGGUAAUGUUUAGGUAUUCCGAUUCUACUCUUCCAAAUAGCUUAGAAGCACCCAAUAAAGAUUUAUCUAUUAUUGCGAUUUGAGCUUUUGCUCCACAACCAAAACUUUAUCCUCCGCUGUUUGGCAUUUGUCAGUCCUAGUUCCAACACGAAUAUCACUUUGAAUUCUCAAAACUCCCAUUUGGUGGACCGUCUCAUGUAACUUGCCUAUCAGAUUCAUAACCUCAGACCACUCUCCCUCAAUAGUUGUUCCUGCACUGUGUAAGGUGCUCUUCAAACCACUUGCUUGGAUUUCUUUCUCAACAGCAACGAUAUAAUCCGAAACAGAAGAAGUUGCCGUCCCGAUAGGAAUCAAGCAAACAUCUGCCAAACAAUGU